AUGAAGUUCUUUGCCUACGGCUGCAGCGGCUUCUGGCGUGGUCCCAGCUCCGGGUGGAACAUUUUUGAUUUCGUGAUCGUCGCCCUAUCUGCUGUGGAGACGGCGUUGGACCUCUUUGCCAAGACCAUUGCUUCUGAGAUGUUUGGCUCCGACGCUCUAUCGGUGGUGCGCACACUACGACUCGCCCGAGCACUGCGAGGAUUCCGAGCUUUCCGGCUUGUCCGACACUUCAGUGCACUGAGGGCUUUGAUCCUUUCGAUUGUGAGCACGAUCAGCUCUCUUAUGUGGACCUUGGUCUUACUGGUCAUCCUCUUCUACUCCUUCGGGGUCAUCUUGAUGCAGCUAGUGACCGAUUACUGUCGCUAUCUGGCUAUUGAGACCGUCGGUGAUGUCAAUGCGAUACCCGAUUGCCCAGCUGAGCUCAGCCGUUUCUGGUCCAGCAUCCGCCAGAGCAUGCUGACGCUCUUCUUCUCGAUCACCAGUGGCAUCUCUUGGUCGGAGGCCAUGAACCCGUUGGAGGAUGUGUCUAUGCUCGCCGUCGCAACGAUGCUCGUGUAUAUCACGCUUAGCGUGUUUACCAUUCUCAACGUCGUGACCGGUGUCUUCGUGAACACG